GCGCGCCGCGCUGGAGUUUGCGCAGCGCCGGGGGGAGGAGUCGAGAUCCGUCGUAGCGAUGGUGCGCUGCGGUUGCGUGUUGUUCAGAAAGUACGGAAAUUUCAUUGAUAACCUCAGACUCUUCACCAAGGGAGGAAGUGGUGGAAUGGGUUAUCCUCGCUUAGGUGGAGAAGGUGGAAAAGGUGGUGAUGUCUGGGUUGUAGCCCAUAAAAAAAUGACUUUGAAACAACUUAAAGACAAAUAUCCUCAGAAACGGUUUGUGGCUGGAGGAGGAGCGAACAGUUGUAUUAGUGCACUGAAAGGUUCCAAAGGAAAAGACUGUGAAAUCCCUGUACCUAUUGGUAUUUCAGUAACUGAUGAAAAUGGUAAAAUUAUAGGAGAACUCAAUAAGGAGGAAGAUAGACUUUUGGUAGCUGAAGGUGGCCUUGGUGGUAAACUACUUACAAAUUUCUUACCACUGAAAGGCCAGAAACGAGUGAUCCAUCUUGACCUAAAACUGAUAGCUGAUGUAGGACUUGUAGGAUUUCCAAAUGCUGGAAAAUCCUCUUUGCUAAGUCAGAUUUCUCAUGCAAAACCAGAAAUUGCAAAUUAUGCUUUUACAACAGUAAAGCCUGAACUUGGAAAGAUUAUGUAUGAUGAUUUCAACCAGAUAUCAGUAGCUGAUCUCCCAGGUUUGAUAGAAGGAGCACAUAUGAACAAAGGAAUGGGCCACAAAUUUCUGAAGCACAUAGAAAGAACUAGACAACUACUUUUUGUUGUUGAUAUUUGUGGAUUUCAGCUUUCUUCCCGAACUAAGUACAGAACUGCUUUUGAAACCAUAAUACUGCUUACAAAAGAGUUGGAGUUAUACAAAGAGGAACUUCAAAUGAAACCUGCACUCCUGGCUGUUAAUAAAAUGGAUUUGCCAAAUGCCCUGGAUAAAUUUCAUGAGCUAAUGAGCCAACUGCAGAAUCCUAAAGCUUUUCUGCAUUUAUUUGAAAAGAACACAAUUCCAGAGAGGACUGUGGAGUUCCAGCAUAUCAUCCCCAUCUCUGCUGUUACUGGAGAA